AAUCGUCGAUUUUACCCGAUCGCGUUUGCUAUUUAGUUUCUUCGAUCUUUCCUCGUUUUCUUCCGAUAAUCGAAAUUAACGAUAUCGAUCGAGAACCACUCGUUCUGGGCUUGUAUAACCUUUCGAAUUCUCAGAAAAGAGUCGCGUUAAAGACUUUCUACGAAUUGUAUUAAUCUGCAUAUGUUACGAUUCGUACGUAACCUCGUAAUCUUCUUUUGCGGAUAUAUACUUGUUGUUUUUUUCUUUAGUACGAUCGACAAUUUUUGGUUAGUUAUAUUUUUCCUUUAUAUCUAGACUUCCUUUAAACUGGAAUAUAUCUUUUGAUUUAUCUUACGAACUCUGCAAACUUUUCACGCGUGAAAUUAUCAAAUUCAAGUGUAAUUUUCUAACUAACAAAUGUUAGGAAAUUCAUUUGUCGUAAUCGUUCACACUCGCGUUAUGAAUAUACCGGUUGUUAGAUAUCCAUAAUUAUGUAACGUAUCGAUGUGUUUAAACUAAAUGUUUUAAAAGAUUUUUUUUUUUAAGCUUUCGUAUCGUUCAUUCUCUUAGUCGUUAUUAUCUUUUUUAUUUGGAAAUUGUUUCGACCUUGACUCUACAUGAAGGUCACGAAGUCGAAUACGAAGUUUCGAUGUACGUGGAUAACCUUCGUUUUGCGAAUUGAUUACGAUCGCUCUUUACUUUACUCGAUUUAACGUAUUUAUAAUACUUCAUUUCUCUUUCUCUCUUUCUCUCUGUUAUUCGUAAUAUUUACUUUGAAUUAGGUUCGUGUGAUAUAUACCCGUUAUUUAUUAAAAGAAAGGAAAAAAAGCAAAAAAAGAAAAAAAGAAAAGAAAAAAGAAAAGGAAAAGAGAAUAAAAAUUAUACAAUACUAGAUACUCUAGGAAUAAGACAUAACUCAUCAAAUGAUUGCAUUGACUAUUGUCACGUAAUGCUUACAAUUUAAUAGAGAAACUUCGUACCUGAGUAUCUGAGUUCUCGCGUGUACAAUGAAAAAAGAAGCAAUGCCAGAAAUAACGUUCCUCUCAGCGAGUAAUUCGCCUAUUCUUCACGCUCUGGCGAGAGCCAGUAAGGAGGAUAAUCCUUCUGGUUCCUCGAUAACAUUAAAUCUUAAACAAUGUGUAAAGCAUAAGCUUCAGUAUUCACAAUUGCCUAUAAAAUGUCAACGAACGAGCCCGUAUUAUCGAUCUGUCCGUAAUCCAUUUAAAUUAGUCGGAUUAAGUGCAAUAAAUCAUAGUAACGUGUCCAUUGCGACAAUUAAAAGUUGCCCAGAUAGUAAUCACUCAAAUUCGGCCUGUUCUUCACCAAUUUUACGUGCUAUCGGUUCGUCACGCUGUAGAAAGAGCUUAUCCAUGACCGAUCUUUCACUUGCGACUAUAGAUCCAGAUAUAGCUGAUUUCAGAUCAGAAAGUAAUUCGUCGUUAGGACAUCGAGAAGAUUUAGGAGAACGUAGCAAGGACACCGUAGGAAAUAAUAACGGUGUCCUAGGAAUCGGACAUCGAACAUGGACAAAGAAUUUCUUGUCUGCUAACAUCGAAGAGGGUGGUAACUGUCUUUCGCAGAAUCCGGGAAAAGCCGCGAGUAUUCUUUGUCAUGUAUUGGUACUGAAUGCUUGGAGACGCAGACGAGCAGACGUCGGUCAGCUUCAGGAAACGAUCGACGAAUUAGCACGGCAAAUCGAGCAUCUACGCUUGCAGAUCAUUGUUCUCCGUCGUUUACUUGAGACGGAGAAUGGCCGUGUCAAUAAAUUGAGUUGGGAGACUCAACGUACGAAAACUCAAUUCGAGGAGCUUUCUCAGGAACGUGAUGUUCUCAAGAAGGAAAAAGAUAAAUUGGAAGAAGAAGUCAAAUCUCUAGAGGAUAUUUCCGAGGAACGAUUGGUGGCAACGGAAAAUCUUAGAAACGAAUUGCUCAACGCCCAAAAUCAACUUCAAGAUUUGGACGGACAAAUCGCAAGAGAUCGUGAGAAAUUGUUAAAAUUACGAGAAGACAAAAGGAUUCUUUUGGAUAAGAUAUCCGCAAGCGAAGCUUUAGCUAUAGAACGUGGUAGCAGAGCAGAUAGGGCUGAAUCUGCCAUCGAGGAUUUGCAAAUUCGAUUGGCUGCACACGUCGCACUUGUCGAUUCUGCACAGGAACAGAAUCAACGAUAUGCCAAACAGUUGAAGGACACGGAAGAUGAACGAAUGAAAUUGGAGAAACAGUUGCGAUUGAGUGUAGAAACGGGAAAAGCUUUAAGCUUGCGUUCAAACGUUCUUGAAAAUCAACUAGCCGAUAAGGAAGCUGCCUUGCAUCGUAUCGAAUCAAUAUACAAUGGUCAACUAAUGGAACUGAACGAAUUGAAGGAACGUUUGAUCAGACAAUCUCAAGAAGGAGGAUGGAGCAGUCGAGUUUUACAAAUUGCUGGAAGCGUUGUUCGUGCGCCACGAGCUAUAUUACGUACUCUAUCUUUUUUAUCCAGCACUACUGUACCAUCUUAGUUGUUAUCAGUCCAAGUAUGAUUGAGGAAUACGUUAAACGUCAACGACGAGGUUGAGAUCGACGUUGAGAAUGUUCGAAGUCAAAGAACAGUUUACGAAGAGCUUUUUACCUUUCGUCGAUCACGAGAUGAACUCUUACGGAGAAGUUAUUGCACAUUAUAUAGGGAGGACAGAAAUAACGGGCAGUUCUGAACAAAAUUUGCAAGUAACACACGUCGGAAGAAAUAUUAUUAGAUUGUCUUUAUUUUUAGUAUUCUUUUUUUUUUGUUUUUCUUUCUUUUUCUUUUUUUUUUUUUUUGGGAAGAAAAUUUACUCGCCGCUGGAGAUCGAUGGUUUUAUAAUUAAGGAUAUUAUUAUUACAUGAUGAAUAUUAUGUAUAAAAUCAUGUGGAAUAUAUAACGGGUGGGAUAGGUUUAGAAUGUAUACGAAUAAAUGCUCGUUAUAUGCUUUUUAAUCUAUAAGUUUUACACUUCUUUUCGCGUAUUUUGAUAAACUGAUAAAAACAAAGUAUCGUCAACCCCGACCGCUAAGAUAACGAUGUGUGAUCUGUUUUUACCAGAAGACGGAACUAUGUGUAUCUAUUUCGAGUUUUUAUUUAAUAAAUAUGAUUCUCUCGUGUUA